CUACUUUUAUUCUCCAACAAUCCUAAUGAGAGACGUCUGUAAUCUCGCGAGAUUAGCUCCAUGGCAACGAGACUGUUUACACUGGCUAGAGGAAGCAGCGAGGAGAGAGAUUGAUGGAGAGCUUUCGAGUUCAGCAGUCUCUGUGGGACAUGGUAAAGGAGUAUGUCCCGGAUUCGGAGCUUGUGGAGGUUCGUGCAGCGCUCGGGGGUGGACUGAUAGACCUGUACCUGGAGAUUUACUCAGAGGUUCAGAUGUUGGAGCAGAUUUGGAGAAAUGUGCAGGGUGGCACACCCCGGACUCCCCGGACUCCUUUAGCCGAUCCCCCUGCUGUGAAGGAGCUGCUGCGGGCGGAGCUCCAGCUGCUGCUGCUGAACCUGCGGGAGAGAGCCGCCAGACUGGGAAGGGAUGGAGAUGAAGUCGUGUCCCGGUAUAAUCACAGGGUGGUGAGUUAUGCACUUGCUGGCAGAACAGGAAGCCCAGACAGCCAGUGUGAGACUGCAGCGCCAUCCAGCAGCCCUGAACCCAGUCUCAGCCGCUGUGACAGCAGAUCAAGCUCACGUCUCUCCUCACGCUCUAGUGAAGAUGAUAUUGAAGCUUUGAGGGAAAAAUUAAACGUCACCCACAUAGACGAGGUUGUGUCAAAUCUCAAAUCAAUUUUUACUGACGAAUGUGAGGCUUUGAAAGAGGAUGUACAGUUCCUCCAGGAGAGUGUGAAGCUGGAAUAUCAGAAGCAGAGGGAACCUGAGUUGGUGGAGCCCACUCUAACAGAGCUUAAAGAGGAGCGGCGCAUCAUCCAGAGAGACCUGAACGACCAGAGUUUGAUGAGUGAAGCCUCAGAUAAGCCGAAGCCCCGCUGCUGUCCCGCAUCCAGCAGGUUAAAAGACUUGCCUACAACUCACUCAACCUCACUGGUGCCACCCGGCAUAAAUCAUCUUUACCCAAACCCUUCUCCUCCUGACAUCAGCAGACCCGCUCAUACAAUCCAGCCCUGGCACAGAACACCCCUUAAGCUCAUGCAGCCUCUGCACUCGUCCCCAGCUGGAGGUCAGACUCAUAAACUCAACCCAGAGCCCUCCUGCAACAGUCUGACCCACCAGGCUUCCACAGCCUCCACCACAGUGGAUCACCCACUGCCACUAAGCACCGCUGCUACAUCCACGGCUGUGCGGAGGACGUACAGCUGCAGCAGGGAGCCCAGAGAGGAAGCACUCCAAGCCUCCAGAUUGACCCCGUCUGCAGGCCCAGACUGCAGGCAGCUAUGUUGGUCCUCUGAGGCUGGCACCUUCAUUCACUCCCAACAGCUGGGCCUGCGGGCAAAGACAGCCGGGACCGUGGCCCUUAUUCCUGCUCCCCCUGCAGUGCAGAAAGUAGCCAGCAGGGGGCAGCGGGCAAACAGACAGAUGGCUCUUCCUCAAGCCUCAAGCUCCUGAGAACUGGACACUGCUGCACAGUUAAAGGUUAAGGUAUACUGAGGAACUUUUGGAAAUUCUUAAUUUAAAACUGUGAAGGAACCCCUUAAGGUGAUUUAAGGAACCAAGACCUUCAAGAGCACCUGAAACCACUUUAAGAUUCCUCCACAGUUUUACAUUGAAGAACCCCUAAAAGUUCCUGACAGAUCUCAUACUUUUAACUGUGUGGACCAAGCGUCUCUGCUAACGAUGUAAAACAAGGACAAAUGUUCAGAAGUCUUGGACUGGGGACACUAAAUUCACCUAAUACAGAUGAGCAUCGUGGACCUUGAAGCUUGCUUGAAUUGGUCAAUGGCCUUCAUAACUGUAAUAAUGGUAAUAAAUACAAUUAUAAUUUUA